AAGUCACCUUAAACCUAUUUUCUUAUAAUAUUUAACCUAUUUAUUACAAUUUAAUACAUAAAAGUGGCAAUACUUAUAAUAAUGUUGCAUACAUUUUUCGCCAACUUUUCAGUUCCUGAAAGUUAUUUGCAUACUACUUUAUACUCAUAUUUACAUCUUUCUCUCAGUAUUCAUGUUCUCGUGUUAUUCAAGUAUCAUAAUAUGUUCAAUUAGUGACAGUACCUCUAUAACAGUAAUAGUAUCACUUUUCAUUUAUUGAUACACAUACUCCUCUACUCUAUAAAAUUCUUUUUCCAUUAAAUAAUCCUUUAAAAGUUUUUGGGAUGCUUACUACUUUCUAAAAGAGAGGUCGUCUACCAGCGUCGUUUUUUCUUUUGUAGAUGAUCAGCUUCUCGCAGCAAAAUAAAUGCUUCAUAUGCGACGACUGUCAAAUCCUCUUCUUAUCAUAUCGAACUGCGAUUCCACACGAUCGAAUCCCUUGGCCUAAUACCUUGGUAUGAUGAAGAUGACAGGCCGACCCCAUUGGCUAUCAUUUGUUGACCUUCACUGGCCAAGUGAGUAGUGUGUACACAAAGACGGAAAUAAACAUGAGGUUUGGUUCCUGGUUUGAACACACAAGUGACAACUGUGCUUCAGAUUGUAAUAUCUUUGCUGUGUCAUGUUUUAUAAGUAAUCUGUGGACGUAUGGGAUGUUGUGUUUGUAACAAGGGAUUUAAAGAAUGGAGUCUGACGAGAGAAGGUAUUGUUUAUGUGGUCAAACUUACGAUGCUACAAGAGAUAUGAUCCAGUGUGAUGGCUGCAAAGAGUGGUAUCAUCAAAGUUGUGUUGACCUGCAAGAAUAUCUCGUUCCAUAUGUGGACAAGUUUCAUUGUCCUAAGUGUAUCCACAUAGCUGGGCCUUCAGUGUUUAAAGAGCAGACAAACUGGCAUCGACAUGAUCCAACUGAACAGAAUGCCGAUUCAAGACCAGUACAGAGUGGGACAACUGUUUUCAUUGAGGAAUUAAAACUGAGACAUUUUCCCAGCUGUGAGGGUAUAAUUGUCACAAUGAAAGGAGAAGAGCUCUCAGUGCCUUAUCUAAAGGAGCAUGGUUUUGACAGACCUAUAAUUAUAAAAGACAAGAAAGGACUUGGAAUGAAGAUACCAGAGAAAUCAAUAUGGGAAGUUGCUAGUUACAUAGACUCAGAGCGAAAAGUUGAUGUGAUUGAUGUUAUCAGACAGACGACCCUCACAAUGCCUUUCAAAACAUUUAUUGACUACUUUUGUUCUCCAUUUAGCAAAAAUCCUUUCAAUUUAAUCAGUUUGGAAAUAUCCGAUACACGUUUGUCAGAACUUGUAGAAGCCCCCACUGUUGCAAGGGAAUUGGAUUGGGUGAACUCUGCAUGGCCAGAGAGAUCAGAGUGUGACAAGCCUGCAGUACAAAAGUAUUGUUUAAUUGGAAUGAGAGACUCGUACACAGAUUUUCAUAUAGAUUUUGGUGGGACUUCUGUAUGGUAUCAUGUAUACAAGGGUCAGAAGAUUUUUUAUCUGAUAAAGCCAACCCCUGCUAACCUGUCACUGUACCAAAGAUGGACAUUAUCUGCCACCCAUAGCGAAAUGUUCUUUGGAGACCAGGUUGACAUGUGCUAUAGGUGCGUUUUGAAUGAAGGUGAAACAAUGUUGAUUCCAACUGGUUGGAUCCAUGCUGUUUUAACGCCCGAGACAUCGUUGGUGUAUGGAGGGAACUUCUUGCAUAGCCUAAAUAUACCAAUGCAGCUCCAAAUAUAUGAGAUGGAGCGAAGAGCACAGACUCCAAACAAAUUUUGUUACCCUGCAUUUGAGACUAUAAACUGGUAUGCUGCUGGUAGCAUUCUUAUGGAAAUGAAAGAACUAAACAAGCAAGGGAAGAAACUUCCUGAUUAUCUUGCAGUGGGGAUUAAAGCACUUUUACUUCGGUUAAAGCGCUGGUAUCAAGAAAGAGAUGUGACACAUAAAAUGAGGGAAAAGAUACCAAAUGGCAUUGAUGUCUCAAAAUUAUUUAAAGAACUUAACAAAGAAAUCAGGCUAGCUGAGAGAUAUUUGAUUUCUUUGAAUCCUCCAAAGCCAGAAAGAGAAUCAAAGAGGAAAAAAAAGAAACCUAUUAAUGAUGACUUUGUGGAUUUUUCAUACUGCCCAAAUUUGGAUGAGUGUAUUGAACCUAAGGACCAUGUAAGACUGACAAUUCGGACAGUACCAAAAUUGCCGUUUCAAAAUAAGAAACCUGUUGGUAUGCAACGGCCACCAUUGAAAUUAACACUGCCAAAACCAGCAAUGUAUCCAUAUAGUAUAAAUAAAUUAGAAAAUUUUCAUAUGGUUGACUCAAUUAAUGCUUCUGAUGAAAUAAAUUCAACUCUGAAUCCAACAUUAAAUGAUAAUGUUGAUACAACAUACAAUGGGAGGUUCUUAGAUGAUGAACCUCACCAGUCAAAGACUGAAGGGGAACUGAAAUUAAAAAUAGCAAGAAGUCAAAUUGUUGGCGAAAACAUUGUCUCAUCUGCUGACAGUCUGGUUAAUGAUGCUCUGCAGAAUCAUUCUGAGGAAGAUAAUAUAGAUGCUAUAGGAGGAUCUUCAGUGUAUGAUUUCCAUGAUGAUAGUGAUGAAGAGGAAAUUAUGGCACCUGCAAGCAGUGAUAUUUCAUACCUUCCAAGUGAAAAUGAUACAGAGUCUGACUCGGAUUCAGACAGAUUAAUAAUAAGAGAGCGCAGUUUGCCAAAUAAAAGGAUUGUAGUUAUAUCUAAUGAUUCACCUUUACGGAUGAGGCUUUCAAAUAUGUACAAAAAUGCAGAGGGAGGACAACCAGAAGAUGCUGUGACACCAUCCUCGACUACAGAUGAAGACUCAUUUGAGACCCCGAAAAACGGAAUUGAAGAGUUACUCAAAGCAUCUGGUUAUGCAGAUGAACCACAAGAGCGCAAUGCAAGAUCUGUUGAUAUUGACUCUGGUAGAGCAUCUCCCUCAACAAGAGAGGCGAUUGCAGGCAUGCUGAGUAUUAGUGGAUCCUUUUUAAAUGAAGCUGGCAGCUCUAAAGCAGAUCUUGCACCUAGGUUACAGGGGAAAAAUUCACAGUUGGAUGAAGAAGGCUUGGAAGCAAUGGGGAAAGUCCACCAAGAUGAAGAUUACAUUUACCCAGCAAUUGACACGUCUGAUGACGAAGAUAAUACUUUCAAAUCGAGAGGAAAACGAAACAUGGAUGAAUCAUGGUCUCCUAGGGCAAGAUUAGGCCCAUUGCUUCCAAAGACAGAUAGGCCUUUGAGAGAAGGGACAAAGAAACAGUGUGUUGAAAAAGUUCUUGAGGCCGCAGCUGCCAAGCGGGCAGUUGUACCAGUGAGUGAAAUUCCUCCGAAGAGACCAUACAAUAAGAAAAAAGUGAAGUACAGUGCUGCGUUAGCUCAGCAGCCAACGAGUACAGUGUCAGCAUUGGGGAUGUUCCCAUCCGCAAGGAAUGGUGAUAUUCAAAAAUAUCGAAAGCCGAAAAAAGGAAUGGCAACAGUAAAGCAACGCCUUGGAAAAAUUUUAAAAAUACAUAGAUUAAAAUUUUGAUGAUAAGUUCCUUCAGUGAUUGCAUGUGUGUGUGUGGCAAGGAGCUUACAAACUCACUCAAGGUUCAAAUGGUCAUCUGUUCUCUCGUGCGACUGGAUGCGUGCAGAAAGUUAGAAAAUACUUUGUUAUGGUUUAUUACUGUGACUUCAAAAAUCAGUGUUCACCAUACACCAAAAUAUAUUUGGUUGGGUGGUGAAUGAGAGUGAUAGUUAUUAUUUAUACAUUAUAAUUUAACUGACUGUACACUUUCUUUCAUUCUUUCACCCCCCCCCCCACGAUGUCUUUUUUUUUUUUUUUUUUUUUUUUUUCUUCCAAGCUGUCCUAUCAUUUUCUGACUUUUUUAUUUAUUUAUUUACUUUGUAUAAAAUUAUGUGUACUAUGUUACUACAUCUGUUGUCCUGUUUUAUAUAUGUUUGUGUCUAUGAUUCUCACAUGGCUAUGGAAUGGCUUGACAACUGUCAAAUUUUAUGCUAGUCCUCCAGUUGCUUGAAAUGAUUAAUAAACCAUUUCUGAGUGGCUUCAAUUUGAACACAAAUAACCUUUCAGAUGGACUGACUUUGUACAUACCUUAAAAUGCAUUUAUAAUCAAUAUUAGCAGUAUGAGAAUGUACAGAUCAAAAAGCAACAGCUUUUAAACAAUAUAUUGAGUGAGGUGGUGCAGUGGGUAGCACACUGGACAGUUCAAAUCCACAUCUGGCCAUCCAGAUUUUGGUGUAGCACACUGGACAGUUCAAAUCCACAUCUGGCCAUCCAGAUUUUGGUUUUGCUCAAUUACCAAAAUUGCUCCUGGUAAGCGACAGUUGCCCUGAUAGGAAAUGGCCAAUUUGCUUCCCCAUCCUUGAUGUAUUUCGAGCAUGUGCUCCGUCUCUAAUGACUGUUAAAUCCAAAUAUUUUCCCUUCCUUCCUUCUGUACUUGAAAAAACAUGACUACAUUCCUAACCAUAAAAUUAGUGCCUAACAUAAAGAUAUGUUACACACAUACAGCACUGUGAUUGUAAGCAUAACUGAUUAUGUUGUGGACAGCAACUGCUUAUAUGGUCCAGAGUCUGUGACUGUGCCAGACAUUAGAGUGUCGCAAAGGAGUGAUCACUUCUACAUGUGUCAUCAGAAAGCAUGAUAAUGUAAAAAUAUGAAAUUGAGAUGAAAGCAGUAGUUACAGAUGCUAUGUAUCAGAUGACUUGCAUUCCAUACUAAUACAGUGGUUUCAUGUAGCGUAUAAUAGCAAAAAGGUGUUUCUGACUAGAAGACAUUAUUUGAUAAAAGUUAAACAUGGGAAAGAAAGACUAAAGUGCUUGUAGGAGAAAGUCAUUUGAUACUUGUUUCCUUCAUGAGACACUCACAAAUUACCCUAUUGUGGCUCUUUUCCGUCUUCCUCAUUUUUCAGACACCAAACCAUAUAAACAGUUACUGCUUGUGCCACAAUUACAUAUGUUUCUCCUGCUGUAAUGUAUGUGUGCACUUUAGCAGUAUGUUUGGCUGUACUGCAUGCCUUUGGGGUUGUUUGUUACAAUCUGUUGCUUUUUUAGUCUAUAUACUCUUGUAGUGUUUUAAUUAAAACAGAUUUUGAGUGAUCAAUAAAUCAUUUCAAGUAA